AUGGCAGUACAAGAAUAUGAAAAAAUAAAAGAAGUAUCAUCACUUGUUAUUGUUAUUGAUACUUACAUGUGCGGUACCUGCAACAAAGAAUUUCUGUCAAGAUCGGGCCGUUCAAGGCAUGUCAGGUUUGUCCACACAGAACAUGACCUUGGUUGUGGAGAAUGUACUAAGACAUUCAAAUCAAAAGAUUCCCUGAGAAGACAUGAAAGAACAGUACACCAGAAAGCUAGUCAGAAGACACACCAGGGAGCAGGCAGAUUUGCAUGUGAUACCUGCAAGAAAGUGUACAGAAGAAAAGAAGACCUGCAAAUCCAUCUUUCCAGAAACCAUCAGGCUGGACCACCUUCACCAACACCAAUUGACACAGCUUCAGCACUGUCACCAACUCCAGUUGACACAACUCCAGCACUGUCACCAACUCCAGGUGCAAUUCACCUUAUAGAUUUUGAUGACAUGAUGGUCAUUGACACCAAUUUAGACCUGAUAGAGAUGGAGCCAAUCCGUUUUUAG